GUGCCUCGGACCAGAGUGUCCCGCCGAACGGCUGUUUCGAUGGCGAUGGGAUCUGCAGUACGCGCAUCAUAUCCACGUGAGCGUACAUCAAUCACUUCAGCGAUGAAUGGUGACCCACGUGAGCGUACAUCAGAUCACUUCAGCGAUGAAUGGUGGUGGCCGAAGUCGGUGCCUCGUCGUGCUGUUCCCGUUGUCCUGUUCCCGCGGAGCCUCUCCGGCAUCUCGCAGGCCUUGUGGCUCGCGUCCAUACCGGCGCGAGCUUACGCCGCGAUCUCCGGGAUAUAAACUUCACGUUGGCCGGUGCGAUCCCCGGCUCCACAGCUCAUGCGCAGCAGUUCCUAUUCUGUUGCCGUGAGCUGGAAAACUAGAGUGCUUGGCAAAAAAAACAGACCCCGUUAUCUCAACCAUCCUCUCCGCCUCUGUCGCCCACUGCCCUUGUCGCCAU